AUGGAGACCUUUCGAGACACGGCAUUCGGUAAGCUGGUGCGGCUAUUCAGUCGUUACCGAUGGAUGCAAUAUCCAGAAGAGCAGGAUGCCUCGGUCUGGACUGAGUAUCUCAAAACUGAGACCGAGAAGACGGAAGAAGGGUCUUCUACGCCGGCGACCGAAACCGAGGACCCCGAGGAUUUGGAAGCCUUCGGUCUCUAUACAGUCAUGUCACAAGCAUCCACUCGGUCUCGGCGGAUAUCUUGCGCAUCGACUCUCCAGAGUGAAGUGUCGGGCUCGACGAGUGCUCAGCCUCUUGUGGUUAGCUGGCGAGGUCCCGAUGAUCCCGAGAACCCGCAAAACUGGAGCGUCAAGAAGAAGAUGUCCUUCAGCAGUUUGAUCUGGUUACUCACUUUUGCCAUCUACAUUGGCUCUGCAAUCUAUACACCCGGCAUUCCGGGUGUCUCCGAACAGUUCGGCGUGAGCAGUGUCGCUGCUACAUUGGGCCUGACUCUUUUCGUACUCGGCUAUGGACUCGGUCCAAUGAUCUGGUCUCCUCUCUCCGAGAUCCCCAUGAUUGGCCGUAGUCCAACAUACGUUUUGACGCUUUUCGUCUUCGUCUUCUUCCAGUUCGCCGUCAUCUACGCCAAAAACUUCGGCAUGCUCCUGGCCUUCCGCUUUCUAACUGGUUUUAUCGGCUCUCCUGCACUGGCCACCGGGGCCGCGUCAAUGGGCGAUAUUUGGACCCCCAGGAUUCGAGACUAUAUGAUCGCUGUCUGGGGCACCUUCGCUAUUUCGGCGCCCGUUCUGGGCCCAAUGCUCGGCGGCUUCGCGGCAUCUGCCAAAGGUUGGACGUGGACCGUUUGGCAGCUGCUAUGGGUCUCGGCAUUCACUUUUGUCUUGCUGUUCUUCUUGCUCCCGGAGACCUUUGCACCUAAUAUCCUCGCUCGGCGAGCCCGCCGAGUGCGUCGCAUCACAGGGAACUCUCAGUACAUGUCCGAGUCCGAGAUUGAAAUCAAAGAAGUCAAGCCAAUAGACAUCCUCUUCGAAUCCCUCAUCCGCCCCUUUCAACUUUGUUUCCUCGAACCCAUCGUCCUCCUCUUAAACCUCUACAUUGCCCUCAUCUACGGCAUCCUCUACAUCUGGUUCGAAGCAUUCCCCAUCGUCUUCUCCGAAAUCCACGGCUUCAACUCGGGCGAAAGCGGUCUCGCCUUCAUGGGUAUCCUGGUCUCAACCUGCUGCAUCACCAUCCCUGUCUACUUCUACUGGAAAUUCCGCUACCAAUCCCGCUACUUCAAUAAAGAAGGCGACAUCGCACCUGAAUACCAGAUGCCGCCAGCCUGCAUAGGUGCCUUCGCACUCCCCAUUUCUCUAUUCUGGUUCGGCUGGACGGGCAACUUUGCCAGCGUGCAUUGGAUCGUGCCGAUCAUCGCGUCCAUGCUUUUUGCUGUUGGAGGAUGUCUGAUUUUUAAUUGUAUUUUCUGUUAUCUGGCGCAUGCGUAUCCAAAGUAUGCAGCUUCGGUAUUGGCGGGGAAUGAUUUCUUGCGCUCGUCGUUUGGUGCGGGAUUUCCUCUUUUUGCGUCGGCCAUGUUUCAUAAUCUAGGUGUUGGAUGGGCCUGUACAUUGCUGGGGUGCUUGACUAUGUUGUUCGUUCCUUUUCCGUUUAUUUUGUUGUAUCGUGGGAGGAGAAUUCGGAUGGCGAGUAAGUAUGCGAGGCAUGAUAUAUAG